AUGCUCUACGACCUCAACAUUGCGUGGUCGCCCUCGACACCAACAGACAAGCUCCUGGCCACACUCUCCACCGCCUCCAGCCUCGGCUACUCGACUGUCGCCCUCAACCACCAGCUCGAGCUCCCCGUCAACUCCACACCAACCUCACCCUUUCCCACCCUCACACCACCAUCCUCCUCCUCCUCCUCCCUCCCCAACAUCCUACACCGCGCCACAUUCCCCCUCUCCGACCCCUCCGCACCCAACUACCGCCUCAACGCCCUCGCCGCCUCCUACGACAUCCUCGCCGUGCGGCCCACCACCGCCGAAGCCUUUCAAAACGCCUGCCUGACGCUCGACGUGCCUCUCAUCUCCCUGGACCUCUCCCACCGGUACCCGUUCCACUUUCGGCCCAAGCCGUGCAUGGCCGCCGUCGCGCGCGGCGUCCGCUUCGAGGUGUGCUACGCGCAGCUGCUCAACGCGCCCGACGCGCGCGCCCGCGCCGCCUUUAUCGGCAACGUGACCAACCUGCUGCGCGCCACGCGCGGCGGCCGCGGCGUCAUUCUCAGCAGCGAGGCCCGUACCGCGCUCGGCCUGCGCGCUCCCGCCGACGUUGUCAACCUGCUCGCCGUAUGGGGCUUGCCGAGCGACCGGGGGCUCGAGGGUUUGCGCGCGCUGCCGAGGGGCGUCGUCGUGAAUGAGGGCCUCAAGCGCACCGGGUUUCGUGGCAUCGUCGACAUUGUGCAGACGGCGGAGGAGGAGCCGGGCAAGGGCGCCCAAGAGGACAGCGGAAUGGAUGCCGGUGCGGGUGGUGUAUCGUCGGCGGAGGGACGGGCCAAGCAAAAGAAUCAGAAGCGCAAGCCGGGGCAGCAGGAAGAGGGGCAGCAGCAGAUGAGCAAGCGGCAGGCGAAAAAGUUGCGUCUCGCCAAUCGGGCGGCUGCUGGAGCUGCAGAAAAGUCCUCAUGA